AUGGGCAAGCGGUAUUAUUGUGAGUAUUGUGAUAAAUCUUUUGCUGAUAACCCAACCAGCAGAAAAACCCAUCUCACGGGAAAUUCACAUAUACAAACUCGUAAAGCCCACUAUGACUCCUUCAGAGAGGAAAAAGAUAUUCUUAAUGAUGACAGGAAUAAGAAGCCAUGCAGAUCGUUUCUAUCCACUGGAGAAUGUAAAUUUGGUGAACGCUGUCAGUAUUCCCAUCUGACAAAUGAAACCAGGGCACAGCUGGUGGAAAUUGUCAGACAGAAAGAACAAGCUCAAGAAAAACAGAGGGAACAAUCAAACAUUAAAGUUAACCUCAAAGAGUCUUUAGAUAAAUGGGCAGAAAACAGAGCCAAGAGACAAAAGCUUGAAAGUGAAUUGAGUGAUAAGACAUGUGAGGACAAAAUUAGCCAAGUGUUUGUACCAGAGUAUAAACUGGCAGAUUGUCUUGCAGCUUUUCCUGGUGUACCUCCUUCGCUGCUGCCUCCUAAAGAGGAGGAAAUACUUAACAGUCAUUAUGAAGAUUGGGGAUGGUAG